AUGAACAAAGUCAAACAUUUCCUCUCCGUCGUCAUCUCCACGUUGGCCCUGCUGUGCUCCGGCCACGCCUUACCGAGGACGGACGCUCCCAUCAGUCCCAACGUCCCCUUCCUGUUGAUGUGGAACGCCCCAUCUGAGCUGUGUGAGAUCCGCUUCGGGGUGCCACUCGAUCUCUCCUACUUCCACUUCGUCAGCAGCACGCUGAAGUCUGCGACCGGUCAGAGCAUCUCCAUAUUCUACACCGACCGCUUCGGCAUCUUCCCCUACGUGGACGAAGACACCGGUGAGAUGUACGAUGAGGGUCUGCCGCAGCUGAUAGACCUGCAGGAGCAUCACGCGCUGGCAGCUGACGACAUCAAGUACUACAUCCCAACCGACCAGCUGGGGCUCGCCGUGCUCGACUUUGAGGAGUGGAGGCCGCAGUGGGUCCGAAACUGGGGCAGCAAAGACAUCUACCGACAGUUUUCCAUCGAAACGGUUAAGGCGAACAACGCAUCGCUGUCCGACGAGGCGGCGGAGGACAGGGCAAAAGUUGUGUUCGAACGCGCAGCCAAGAAGUACUUUCUCCGAUCCCUCCGCCUGGGGAAGAAGCUGCGGCCCAACCGACUGUGGGGUUACUACCUCUACCCCGACUGCUACAACUACGACUACAACCAGGACAUGGACGGCUUCACCGGAGAGUGUCCCGCCAUCGAGAAGGACCGGAACGACCAGCUGCUGUGGCUCUGGAAAGAGUCCACGGCGCUCUAUCCGUCCAUCUACCUGGAGUUGGCACUUAAAAACACCAAGCAGGGCCGACUGUUCGUCCGCCAUCGAAUCCGAGAGGCCAUGAGGGUGUCGACGCUCUCAAACAGCUCCUACUCCACCCCAAUCUACGCCUACAUCCGCCCUGUGUACAAGGACAGCGUCGACGACUACUUGUCAAUGGACGAUCUGGUCAGCACGAUCGGAGAAGCUGCUGCUCUCGGCGCCGCUGGCAUCGUUUCUUGGGGGGACAUGAACAUCACCGACACAGAGGAAUCCUGUGUCGACGCUGUGGUGCACCUGAACCGGGUCAUGAACCCGUACAUCGUGAAUGUCUCCAAGGCGGCGGAGCUGUGCAGCCGGGCGCUCUGCCAGGACCGAGGUCGCUGCGUGAGGAAGCGCUGGGACGACGAGGUCUACCUUCAUCUCGACAUUCACCGUUACCGCAUCCAUAAGGUACAGAGUCGGUACCGCGUGGAAGGCCGCCUCUCGCAGGAAGACGUAGACUUUUAUGACCACAACUUCGACUGCAUGUGCUACAGCGAGGAGCCGUGCCGAUCGGUCCUGCCGAUCAACACCAUCCAUGAAGCCGCCGUUAACCCAGCCCCUCCUGCUGGGGAUGAUCACACUCUGUCUGAAGUAUGUCGUGAUGUAAAUGUAAAUUAUGAGAGAGAUAUGUCUAUUUCAGUCACAGUGUUUAGACCUGUAGUGUUACCUGAACCUCCUACUUCCUGGAGGACGAGUGGUCUGGUUGCCAUGGCAGCCUGGCUCCUCUCCACCAAUCCGGCGCAGCGAUGCCAGCCCUCCCAGGACGUCCGUCUCAUCCCAGUAAAAACAGUCCUGGGAGCAGUUUGGAGAAGGACGAGUGGUCUGGUUGCCAUGGCAGCCUGGCUCCUCUCCACCAAUCCGGCGCAGCGAUGCCAGCCCUCCCAGGACGUCCGUCUCAUCCCAGUAAAAACAGUCCUGGGAGCAGUUUGGAGAAGGUCAGCGAGCAGCUUGCUCAGCACUGGAGCCUCAGUGUACCCGUUGCCCCAUUGUGUCUGA